UGGAUGCAUUGCCUCACACCAAAGUCAGAACAUCUUAGAGAAUCAACAUCUCAGUCGUCUAAGCAAAAGCUUAUACACUUCAUUCAACUAUUUUCGUAACAAUGGAGGGUCGCUUCUUUCCCAACAAAGCCGCCUUGUUCAUGAUGCUUCUUACGGUAUGCAUUGCACCAACCUUGGUACAAGGACAAGGACGAGUAGGGUUCUCAAGUUCGUGUCCGCGUGCCGAGGCCAUUAUUAGGUCGACCGUUCAAGCCCAUUUCAAAUCUGAUCCCACUGUGGCUCCGGGGUUGUUGAGGAUGCACUUUCACGACUGCUUUGUCCAAGGAUGCGACGGUUCCAUCCUCAUCGAUGGGCCCAACGCUGAGAAAACGGCCGGUCCGAACCGUUUGUUGAGAGGAUAUGAAGUGAUCGACGAUGCAAAGACUCAGCUCGAAGCUGCAUGUGCCGGCGUCGUUUCAUGUGCUGAUAUUCUCGCUCUUGCAGCCCGUGAUUCCGUUUUUCUGACGAAUGGACGAAGUUGGGCCGUGCCGACGGGACGUAGAGAUGGGCGGGUCUCCUUGGCAUCAGACACUGCAAAUUUGCCAGGUUUCCGGGAUUCAGUUGAUGUGCAAAAGAAAAAGUUUGCCGACUUAGGACUGAACACCCUUGAUCUCGUUGCUCUUGUUGGAGGGCACACCAUAGGAACUGGAGCUUGCCAGUUAUUUAGCUACAGACUCUACAAUUUCACCAAUACUACAUCAAGUGGAGCCGACGCUUCCAUCGAUCCUUCCUUUGUUUCUCAACUCCGGUCUCUGUGUCCACAAAACGGUGAUGGCACGAGGCGUGUUGCCCUCGACACCGGCAGCCCUAGUCGUUUCGAUGCAUCCUUCUUUGCAAACUUGAGGAGCGGAAGGGGAGUUUUGGAGUCCGAUCAGAAGCUAUGGACCGAUGCCUCCACCAAAACCUUCGUGCAAGGCUUUCUAAGUGGCAAAGGCUCGACCCAAUUGGACUUCAACACGGAGUUUGCUAAAUCGAUGGUGAAGAUGAGUAAGAUUGGUGUGAAGACGGGGACCGAUGGUGAAAUUAGGAAAAUAUGCUCCGCCAUUAAUGCAUGAUUUAGAUCAUUAAAGAUGAUUGCACUUCGGUAUUUCAGUGUUAUCUAUUGGAGUCGGUGUAAGCUGAUUCAUGGUGCGUUCUAAUGAAAGAAGGGAACGUGUAGUACUUUAUAAUUAAAUAAAAUUGAUGGCUAUCGUCUCAAAAAUGAAAA